ACUGCUACUUCUAAAAUCAAUGAAUCGGAAGGACACCAGGUUUCACAUGAUUCAGCGAAGAUAAAGAAGGUUCUGGUUCAUCCACUUGUACUCCUCGGGGUUGUUGAUCAUUAUAAUAGAAUGGGCAAAGCGCCUGUUGGUCAAAAACGAGUAGUCGGCGUCCUUCUUGGAGCCCUUAGAGGGUCAACAUUAGAUGUUAGUAACUGUUUUGCCGUUCCCUUUGAGGAAGAUCCAUCAGACCCGGAUUUAAUGGCAAGCUAUUUAUUAUUUUUAUUUGCUGUAGCUAGGGAAAAAAUCGUUGGUUGGUAUCAUUCUGGACCUAAACUUUGCCCAAAUGACAUCAAUAUGAACGAGUUAUUUCGCAAAUAUGACCCCAACUCCGUCCUGGUGGUCGUUGAUGUCAAAAAAAAGGAAAGCGAUGGCUUGCCUACAGAGGCUUAUAUAGCCGUAGAAGAGGUUCAUGAUGAUGGUACACCAACGUGUAAGACUUUUGAUCAUUUGACUUCGGAGAUUGGGGCCGAGGAGGCGGAGGAAGUAGGUGUCGAGCAUUUACUCCGGGAUAUCAGGGAGACAAAUGUAGACACACUAUCUCAUCGCAUAAGUUCUCAACUUGACAGCUUAGAAGGUUUAUUGAGACAAUUGCGCGAAAUUGGUGAUUAUCUGGAGUUG